AUGCUUAAAGCACCGUCCCGGUCUAUGGCUACAGCGGCCAGGUCUUCACUCAAGAUUGGCAUGUUGCCAGCGGAUGGUAUUGGCCGAGAGGUUCUUCCGGCGGCCCGAGCGGCUAUCCUCGCGCUAGGAUCCUCGGUUCCUAAGCCCGAGUUCAUCGACCUUAUGGCUGGCUUUGAGUACUUUACAAGGUCUGGAACAGCUCUGCCAGACGAGACUGUCGAUGCUCUUAAGAACGAGUGUGAUUGUGCGCUUUUUGGUGCGGUCAGCUCGCCUUCAAAGAAAGUUAUAGGAUACUCGUCGCCUAUCGUGGCUCUGCGGAAGAAGUUGGAUUUGUAUGCUAACAUUCGACCGGUUAAGUCGGUCUCCGUUGAUCCCGCUGUGAACCCUGUCGUAGACCUCGUUGUUAUUCGCGAAAACACCGAGUGUCUCUACGUCAAGCAGGAGACCCAGGUGGUCACUGAAAAUGGAAAGGAAGCGCGUGCAACUCGCCUCAUCACCGAGCGUGCAUCGCGCCGUAUAGGUGAUAUGGCAUUCAGAACGGCUCUCACUCGCCCAAGGAAGCAUGUCACCAUUAUUCACAAAUCGAAUGUUCUCUCCAUCACCGAUGGCCUUUUCCGGGAGACUGUCCGUAGCGUUCCUGGAUUGCCAGAGGUGAAUGGCAGAUACGGGGAUAUCACUAUUGCCGAGCAGCUUGUCGAUAGUGCAGUAUACAGACUCUUCCGUGAGCCAGAGAUAUACGACGUAAUGGUCGCUCCGAACUUGUACGGUGAUAUUAUCUCCGAUGCGGCGGCCGCCCUCGUGGGGUCCCUUGGCCUGGUGCCAUCCGUGAACGCUGGAGAUUCGUUUGUGAUGGGUGAACCGGUUCACGGUUCGGCGCCAGACAUUGCUGGGCAAAACAUAGCCAACCCGUUGGCGGCCAUGCGUUCAGCUGCGCUGAUGUUGCGUCAUCUCGGGUACGGCGAGGGCGCGGACCGCAUCGAAAAUGCGGUAGAUGUUGUGAUUAGGGAGGGGAAGGUGUUGACACCCGAUCUCGGUGGAAAGAGCAAGACCAGUGAAGUUGUCGAUGAGGUUGUGAAACGUAUCUAA